AUGUCGCCGGCGGAAGUCGCGGUUUAUGUAAGCACUCAAAAAAGCGACAAAGUCGCGCGCGACAAGUCGCCGGCGGAAGUCGCUUUUUAUGUAAGCACGCAAAAAAAGCGACAAAAUCGCCGGCGACUUUUCUCUCCUCUUUUUCCAUUAUCUUUUCUGUCGCGUGUCGCGCGCGAUUUUUAUGAAUCCUAUUUUUUCUGGACUUUUGGUGUACACGAGCCUGGUUGUUAUGGAGCUAUUGACAUUAAUAGUGGAAAAUCGUUUUUGUUUCCUCCCAAACUUGCGCCAGAUUAUGCAAUAUGGGAUGGAAAAAUCCAAAACGAGCAAUGGUUUUUGAAUAAAUACAAAGUUGAUCAGGUUGUGUUCCAUGAAAAUGGAACAAAGAUUAUUGAAACAUUAAAUGCUUUUACUCCAAUAAAUAAAUUAUUGCUUUUGCGAGCUGAGAAUACUGACAGUGGAAUUGUUCUCGAGCCUCCAACCAAAAUCCCUGGAUUGGACAAAUUUGAGACUGAUACAAAAAUACUUUACCCAAUAAUUGCCGAAUUGCGUGUAAUAAAAACUGAUUUGGAAAUUGAGGUUUUGAAAUACGCGUCAAAAUGUGCAAAUGAGGCACACAAAGAAUUAAUGCGCCAUGUUAAGCCAAAUAUGUUUGAAUAUCAAAUGGAAAGCCUUUUCCGUCACAUUUCCUAUUAUGGUGGAGGUUGUAGACAUUUGGGGUAUACUUGUAUUGCAGCAACGGGAUGUAAUGCUGCUAUUUUACAUUAUGGACAUGCUGGUGCACCAAAUGACCGCCAAUUUAAUGAUGGGGAUCUUUGCCUUUUUGAUAUGGGACCGGAAUAUAAUUGUUAUGGUAGGGGACAAAAGAAGAAUUUUGAAAGUCAGAUCUCACUUAUAGGACACCCUUGGUGGGGCAAAUUUAACCUUAUAAUUAGAGGGAGGCAUACGAGGAUGAGGAGGAGGGUAUCGCUUUAUCAAGGCUUCAUUCACCCAGUGGCUAACCAAAAUUUGAAAAAUUUUAAUUGUUUUUGGUAUAUGUAUGUAUUAUAUAAUUCUAAUAUUUGGGUGUACUUUAUCAGAUCUCGCUUAUAAGGGGAAAGAUCUCGCUUGGUGGGGGAAAAAUUCUUCCUUAUAAUGGGGAGGCAUUGGAGGAGGAGGAGAGCAUCGCUUUACCAAAGCUUCAUUCACCAAAUGGCUAACCAACUUGUUUUUGGUAUGUAUAUGUAUUUAUAAUUCUAAUAUUUGGGUGUAUUACAGUGAGAGAUCUGACUUAUUU